AUGGGAAAUAAAUCAGCACCUAAUGAUAUGGGUGUAGCUCGUAGAAAGAAACGGUCUCUUAAAGAAGAUAGAGGAGGCUUUUCUACUCCCAAGAAAACAAAGAGUCGAGGUGACUGGAUGGAGGAUCAUCUUACUGAAGAAAGGGACCUUUCAAUUCCAAAGAUAUCCAAGAAUAGUGGUGGCUGGACAACGGAGCAUCCUUUGGAACCAAAAGGCUGUACAACUCACAAGAAAUCCAAGAGGAGUAGAGGUGGUUGGAAGACAGAGCAUCAUGAAGAAUUCUUUCUUCCCAUGGCCACAAGGAACAGCAGUUAUAGGAUUUCAGGGACACCAUCUUCCAGAAGCACUAGAAUUCAUUCAUUUGGUAGUGGAAGUCAUACUCCAAGUUAUAAAUCUUCCCAGGUAUGGAAUGGUCAUGAUGAAACCCCUAUGUCCGUACGUUCAGCCUGGUCAAAUCGUCAUAGAUUUUCAGCAUCAAGAUUUGACAACUCUAGUAGUGUGGGGAAUGGUUGGAAGUGGUAG